CUCUCUCUCUCGCUCUCUCUCUCUCUGUUUCCCUUUCAUUCUGCUUCCCCGGAGCCGAAUGAAGCAGCAGUCAGCAGGAUUAGUGUCCGCCGCCGGCUAUCAGAGGAGCUCAGAUAAAAGGACCUGCUUCCUAGCCACCCCUGCAGCAGCCCUGGCGAAUUUUUGUUCUUUCCACACAACAGUUGUGCCUCAUUAUCCGGUGCCUGGCUCGAUUUUUUUCUUCUUCUUCUUCUUCUUGAGGGUUUGAAGUUUCUGUGCUUCAGAGACUGUUGCCGAGGAAGAGGUGCUAGCGUUGCCGUUGGGGCGUGAUCCGCUGCAUUUAUGAAUGGGACUGACCUAGUCACCUGUUACCUCCAGUUUCCAGAUUGUUUGAACUUCUCCGGCCGCACCGCGAGGGCAGGAAGGCGGCGGCCGGAGGACCCACGGCGCCUGCAGCAUGGGCUGGCUGGCCGGGCUGGUCUGCAUUUUCUGGGGAGCGUUCCUCUCAGCAAGAGCAAACUACGCACACGGGAAGAACAAUGUGCCGAGGCUGAAAUUAUCCUACAAAGAGAUGCUGGAGUCCAGCAAUGUGAUCUCGUUCCAUGGCUUGGCCAACAGCUCCAGCUAUCACACUUUCCUGCUGGACGAGGAGCGAGGCAGGCUGUACGUCGGGGCGAAGGACCACAUAUUCUCCUUCAACCUGGUUAACAUCAAGGAUUUCCAGAAGAUCGUGUGGCCAGUGUCUUACACCAGAAGAGACGAAUGCAAGUGGGCUGGGAAAGACAUCCUGAGAGAGUGUGCUAAUUUCAUCAAGGUGCUGAAGGCCUAUAAUCAGAGCCACUUGUACGCUUGUGGAACGGGAGCGUUUCACCCAAUUUGCACCUACAUUGAAGUUGGACAUCACCCUGAGGACAACAUUUUCAAACUGGAGGACUCGCAUUUUGAAAACGGCCGUGGGAAGAGCCCAUACGACCCCAAACUUCUGACGGCAUCUCUUCUCAUAGAUGGAGAGCUGUACGCGGGCACCGCUGCGGACUUCAUGGGGAGAGACUUCGCCAUCUUCCGGACCCUCGGGCACCACCACCCCAUCAGGACGGAGCAGCAUGACUCUCGCUGGCUCAAUGACCCCAGGUUUGUCAGUGCCCACCUCAUCCCAGAGAGUGACAACCCAGAAGAUGACAAAGUAUACUUUUUCUUCCGUGAAAAUGCAAUAGAUGGUGAACAUUCUGGAAAAGCUACUCAUGCUAGAAUAGGUCAGAUAUGCAAGAACGACUUCGGCGGGCACCGAAGCCUGGUGAAUAAGUGGACCACGUUCCUGAAAGCCCGGCUCGUCUGCUCCGUGCCGGGGCCCAACGGCAUCGACACCCACUUUGAUGAGCUCCAGGAUGUAUUCCUGAUGAACUCCAAAGAUCCUAAAAAUCCAGUUGUCUACGGAGUGUUUACCACCUCCAGUAACAUCUUCAAGGGGUCAGCCGUGUGCAUGUACAGCAUGAGCGACGUGAGGAGAGUGUUCCUGGGUCCCUACGCACACAGGGACGGUCCCAAUUACCAGUGGGUGCCCUACCAGGGCAGGGUCCCCUACCCACGACCAGGAACUUGUCCCAGUAAAACAUUUGGCGGGUUCGACUCCACGAAGGACCUUCCGGAUGACGUCAUAACCUUCGCCCGUAGCCAUCCGGCCAUGUACAACCCGGUGUUUCCCAUGAACAACCGCCCGAUAAUGAUCAAAACAGACGUGAAUUAUCAGUUCACACAGAUUGUGGUCGACCGAGUGGAUGCAGAGGAUGGACAAUACGAUGUCAUGUUUAUUGGAACAGAUGUCGGGACCGUUCUUAAAGUCGUGUCAAUUCCUAAGGAGACCUGGCAUGAUUUAGAAGAAGUCCUGCUGGAAGAGAUGACAGUUUUUCGGGAACCAACGACUAUCUCAGCAAUGGAACUUUCCCCUAAGCAGCAACAGCUCUACAUUGGCUCGGCCUCAGGCGUGGCCCAGCUCCCGCUGCACCGCUGCGACAUCUACGGCAAGGCCUGUGCCGAGUGCUGCCUGGCCAGGGACCCCUACUGCGCCUGGGAUGGGGCCUCCUGCUCGCGCUACUUCCCCACGGCCAAGAGACGCACAAGACGACAAGACAUAAGAAAUGGAGAUCCGCUUACGCACUGCUCAGACUUACAGCACCACGAUAAUCCCCACGGGCACAGCCUGGAGGAGAGGAUCAUCUACGGAGUAGAAAACAGCAGCACCUUCCUGGAGUGCAGCCCCAAGUCCCAGCGCGCACUGGUGUACUGGCAGUUCCAGCGGCGGAACGAGGAGCGGAAAGAAGAGAUCAGAGUGGACGACCACAUCGUCAGGACGGAGCAAGGUCUGCUGCUGCGUAGCCUGCAGCGCAAGGACUCGGGCACCUACCUGUGCCAUGCCGUGGAGCACGGGUUCAUGCAGACUCUUCUCAGAGUGACGCUGGAGGUCAUCGACACGGAGCACCUGGAGGAACUUCUGCACAGAGACGACGAUGGGGAUAGUUCCAAGACCAAAGAGAUGGCCGGCAGCCUGACCCCGAGCCAGAAGGUCUGGUACAGAGACUUCAUGCAGCUCAUCAACCACCCCAACCUGAACACGAUGGACGAGUUCUGUGAGCAGGUGUGGAAAAGGGACCGGAAGCAGCGCCGGCAAAGGCCAGCCCACAGUCAAGGGAACGGCAACAAGUGGAAGCACUUACAGGAGAACAAGAAAGGGAGGAACCGGAGGACCCACGAGUUCGAGAGGGCACCCAGGAGUGUCUGAGCUGCGUUACCUCUAGAAACCUCAAACGAGUAGCAACUUGCCUAGACAAUAACUGGAAAAAUGCAAUAUACACGAACUCUUUCCAUGGCAUUACGUGGGUGUUUACAAUGGUGAAGAAUUCAACUGAGUUCCACCAAUUAUAAAUUAAGUCCAUGAGUAACUUUCCUAACAGGCUUUCUUCCUAAUACCAACAGCUACGAAGGCUGCAGGUGCGCACGGAUGUUCACCCUAGCAGACUGUUUCCUACGAGAAUCCAUUGUACAAGUUCCACCUCCUUUGCCUGAGAAAUUAAAAUGUCCCUUGCCAUAUUGCCAUCUGCCGGAGAAUAACUGCAUCAGCAAAGCCAUCAUAUUGAACUAGAAGUUUAAAGGAAACUGCAUGGAUUUACUGAGCUGAUGAAUAUUCCAAAACGUGGUUGGAUGCGAAGAUAUUUUUUUUUGUCUACCAGCACUCACAUUUGUACGUACUGCAGGAGGAAAAUAAGGAAAAUGAUACUGAAUGAAAUGGUCUGUGGAAAUGUAAAAUACAUAAACCAUCCAGCGUCCAGAGGCAAAAUGGAAUACACUGAUCUACUACUGAUGUCUUCUUUCAGCUUUGACCUAAAGAUGUAUUUUAUUAAAAUGAUAAUUUAAAUGUAUCAAGACAAAUAUGCAGUAAAAAUUAGCUGUUUUCUAAGCUAGAGUAGCUUUUUGUCUUACAAUUAUUGUGCUAUAUCGUUGGUUUUAAAAAUUCCAAAUGUGUGCUGCUUUUAUUGACAUUUUUUUUUUAGUUCUGUAAGGAGGAUAGCUGGUAUUGUCCUAGAUACACAUCUGUUAUUAACCAUCAAUUCCUAAAGCCAAGAUAUAAAUUAUGCUUUAUUUUUUUGAGGAAAUCAAACAAAUGAAAGCUGUUCACACCUCCCUUUCUUUAAGUAUUACCUAAGUUAAUUUUAACUUGUGUAAUGUUCCUAGAAAAACAGAAUAUAACCAGCAAGAAAAGGGAAAAAUUGAUUUGUCAAAUGCAUUUUACUUUACGUAAAAGCUCAAAGGAAAGAUAAUGAUCUGUACAUCUUAUAAAAAUAACAAGCAUGGUCCUAAUACAGUUAGUAGAAAGUGUCUCCUAAUUCUGUGCUUGAAUUUGAGCGUGAUGCAUGAGACAUAAAAACUCUCUUAUGAUUCCACUAGGAAUUAAUGGAUCACUGAAUGAUUCUGGAAAAGACAGAGAAAUCAGUAACAGGCUGAACAAAUUGUAAAGGCACAUUUCUUACCUUCAGAAUCAGCCCCUCGUAUCUCACCUGCUGAAGAAAAUAACCCUUAUUAAAAAUAUAUGACUCUUUCCAAGUCGGUGGGCAUGGCUUUUAUACAUACUAGUUUCCAAGAAAGGACCCAAACUACAAAACUGUAAAAUUCUUUGUUUGCUGCCACAACUUCCAAAAUUAGGUAAAAGAUUUGUCUCCAAGAAUUUGUCUUGUUGUCCUGAGGAGACUGUGAGCAUCUCUGGCAUGGAGACACAGGGGCUUUCCACACUGUGUCUUUGUCAGGAACACUUCCCUGCCCGGUCCCUUCACUGGGCACACAACAACCAGGAAGGCAGCUUCCUGCUAAUUAAAGGAGGGACAUUGAAAUUUAACUCCAGUUGUCUUGGGACUCUAAUUAACUCAGCGUAAAUUUCUCUCCUCAGACAACAGAAAAUUCUUAUUCUUCCUCAGCUGAGCUAUUUCCCAGAAGGAAGCUCAUGUCUCCCUUUUAAUGAUGAUUUGAAUAAACAACUUGUUGACAUUUGUUUCACAUAAAAGCCUAAAAAUUGUCUACCUCCAAUUUUAGGCACCAUUGACUAAGAUGGCUCUGUUUUGGACAUGUAUUUUCAGAGGGAAGUUGAACUGUUACACAAUUGGAAGAACACACUCCUGUACAGAAAAUGUUUGGAAUAUAAAUCAAAGAAUCGAGACUGCUGCAAAAGUAGCUCAUUAUUUCCACUUUAGUACAGUAUCUUAACUAUAUUAAAAUUCAGUGUUGCAUUUCAUUCUAAAUUUUCAGCUGAAACAAAUUUAUUUGCAGUAACAAGAGUGUUUUAUUUCUUUUUAGUCCUUAAAAAUAAAAGGAUUUGAAGGGAAAGAGAUUGUAUAAUAAUUUCAUGGAUACCUUCCAAAAUCUGAGAGUGUUUUGUUUAACAUUAAAAAAUAUCAAUAGAAAAUCUCUAGACUUUAGUUCAAAGUAUCCAAAGCAAACGAGUUACUGGCAUACCUUUAAAAACCAUCAUGUCUGAGAUUUUGGAAAAAAUGCAGAUACAGUGUGCCGGUAGCUAACUGCUAUCACAGUCACAGUCUUCUGUUGAUGCGUACUGAGAGGGGACAGCUUGCAUGAAAAGGAAUUCAUGCCUCACUUAAUAACUUAGUUUUAAUGGCUGCCGGCCUGUGCAUGUAUCAUCAGAGAUGAAACUUGGUUGAGAGACUCACACGACCUUCAGCAAAUUACAAUAGCAACCUUAAAGUAUGAAAAGAGACAUACCAGAAAGGAAAUUAUGACCCCGUGGAAAUCAAACGUAAAUGCAUGUAAAUGCACACGUACUGCUUCUUUUAAUGUAUUAUUUAGUGAUUUUUAAUGAUACGUGUUUAAUAUUUUUGCUACCUACACAUUAGGCAAAAGAGAUGUAAAUGGUUUUGAACAGAAGAGGAAGAACAGUGUAAGACAGAAGUUUCCGUAGGUCCUCCACGGCAGUGUGCUCGACGUCACCCUGAGGCACAAGAUUUCUCCACACAGGGGCAGGGUGGUUGAUGUGCUCUUCCAGGCCGGAAGGAAGAGGCCCAUUCAGUUAGCAUGUGUUUUGCCAGAGAGUAAAUAUGUUCCAUAUCUAUAUUUAUCAUUGCAUUUCAGAUGGGAACUAAAAAACUGGAGAGUCAAAUGUAAUGAAACUGCUGCUGUAAAUUAUUCCUUUUAGCAUGUACUCAGUUGCUAAAUACACAUUUCUUCAAAAUAUUUGAAUUCAGAUGUCUUUACUGGUUCCCUGUAACAUAUGGUAUUAAGGAACAUAAGCUUAGAAGAUUUCGAGAAGCAGAAUCAGGUUGCUAUAUAAUUAGCUAACAGAUUUCUUCAUUGUAGUCAUCUGUAAAUUGGAGUCUAUAUUUAUGGUGAUGAUACAAAUUUUUAUGCCCUUUAAAUUAAAUAUUGUUCCUUUUUAUGUCAUAUCUAAAAAAUAUAGGAAUGAAAUUCUAUACUAUGUCAUGUUCAUAGUAAUUUUGGUUUCAUUCAGGAUCUGCAAAGAUGUCAGCUUAUUUUUGUUGUUAUUACUGAUCCUGGAGGUCUUGGGGAAACAUUUGAUCACUAUAGCGUCAUUAGUAUAACAUUUGAAAUCUUUGUCUUGUAAAUUCAUUUUUAGCACAACUUCAAUUUAAUGGAAAUCUAUCAGGUUUCAUGGCUUCAAAGACACAUUCAGCAGAUAGAAUUCAACAUCUCCUUAUUUUGUAACAACGUGCUAGAUAUGAACUAACAUGCCAAAGGCACUCAUGAUUUUACUUUACCUUUGUCUGUAAUGAUAUAAAGUCAAUGUUAAUGUCUUCAAAAUACAUGUUUCCAUAAAGAAGAAAACAUUAUUUUUCAAGAAGUCUGCAACAGUCCUACUAGCUUGCUUGGUUUCUGCCAGUGUUUGUGCGCUAGUUAAUUAGAGAGACGGGCGUUUUUAAGCUGAAGGGUGAAGAGGACCCCCAAAGACAUAGUGUGGCUGCCUGAGUGCGGCUCUUACCCAGGGCCAUUGGCCCAACCAGCCCCUCCGACGAGACCCUCUUGUUCGUUCAGACACUCAGGCACACACAGGCAGGGCACGGGGGCCGCUCACAGUGAGACCAUACAGAAAAGCUCAUCUGAGCCACAGGAACCUGGGCUUCUGAACACCCUAGCCUUCAGAGCCCCAUUUGUACCUCUGCAGAAGCGUCUCUGAUUUUAACUUUCAUUCUAUGCUGUUAGGGGAGGAGAUGCUGGGACAAGUGAGGCAUGACUGCAUCCUCAAAGAGCUCACGGAGAAGUGAGGGAGGCAGAGGCAGGGCUACCACCUCGUUAUCUGCAAGUCUUUUCUGACCAGCUGACCCCAGCCCGUGCUAGCCAGCCCCUGUGCAAUGCCUUUCAAUGUUCUCUGUGUGGCCCCACUGAUCACAGAAAUGGGGUUCAUUGCUCAUGGCCCAGUUUCCAGACCAGGAGCUGCUUGAAGCCGGGCUUGCAUGGCCCCCGAGGCCUAGCAGGAUGCUGAGAACGAGGAGAAGCUCAGCAAAUCACUGUGACAGAGCUGCUGCUCACAUCGAGUGCCAGGGUGGAGUUCACAGCAGAAAUGCUUAAGCUCAAGCGGAGCAAGGAGCUGCUGUGCGAGGAGGGAUGGCAGAGGAAAGGUCACGGGAGAGCUGUGCGCUGGGACAUCAGGCGGAUCACGCAGGUGAAGAGAGAAGACGGUCUGGGUGGAAAAAAUGACAGGGAGAGGUGAGGCAAGUGCGCAUGCCCACAGCAAGCUGUGCAGACACAGAGCGCAGGGCUCUGCAGGGCAUGGGAAGCCCUGUGGCAGUGGCCCGAAGGGUGCGCUUGUCCGUCUUUUCCUGGACUUCAGUUCAGUGGCCUCCAUUCACAGACCACAUGCUCAUCCCUGGAGCGUGGUGACGCAUGUCACACAUGCCCCCUCCUGCUCCCCACACUCUCCAUCCUCUCUUCAUGCGGACCUCCGUUUCCUUUACCCAGCCAGAGCCUCAGUACGGGGCAGUGUUCGUACCAUCUCCAAACCAGACUUUAUGACAAGUCACCCCGGCAGGCUGCUGCUGGGAUUGUGAAUUCCACCAUAGAAGGGAGACGAGGUGCUUGCUUUGCCAUGUUGGCCCCUCUGUGCUCCGAGUUCCAGCGCUGUUCACCGUCACGCUUCGCCUAUCUACUCUAGUGUUGGAGCCCGUGGCGGGCAGGUCCGAGCUUGCUUUGCUAAUUAGCAGUGUAGCGUCUGCAAAAUGAGUAUUAAAAUGUGAAGUCUGUGUUUGUUUGUUCAAGGGAUACCCUGGCUGGAGUAAUUCAUGGCUAGACAAUGCUGCCAGCGAGAUUAGCACACACAGGCAAAGAUUUCUAUAUUUUAUACGAAAGUUUAAAAAGAAAUGAGGGCUAGCUUCAUUCUGAAUCUGUCAACUCCACUCCACCAUUAAAUUAAACUGUCUUGUUUGUUCUCAUAUAACAAAGGAAUGUAUUUUAUUUCUCUUAAUCUAAACAUUAUACUUGCAGAUGCAGUGUUUAUUUAUACAGUACCUAAGCCAAAGUUCUCUUGAAUGUGUUCAAGUCCUCACAGCUUGAGUAAUUCUGACGUCUCAACUUCUCCUUUCUCUUUGUAAACCUCACUGGAGCAUUAGACCUCAAGUAAAUACAUUUGAAAAUCCA